GAAUGCGAACACUCCCUCCCUUCGUCGCUUACUUUUCCUCCCUCCAUCUCUCUUUCUAAAAUUCCUCUCUCUACGGCCUCCUGCGAUGAUAUGAGACCACGCACACGAACGAUGGGAGCGGAUUCGCAUUUGGUAAUCGUUUCCGUCGCCGUCAUCUCCCUCCUCUUGAUCCUCUCCGGCAGAGCUGCGGCGGAGGACGGCGGCGAGUUCGGUGGUGACUACUCGAAGGUGUCGGGGAUCAUCAUCCCGGGGUUCGCUUCGACGCAGCUGCGUGCCUGGUCGAUUCUCGAUUGUCCGUACACUCCCCUGGACUUCAAUCCACUCGACCUCGUUUGGCUUGACAGCACUAAGGUUAUUUCUGCUGUCAACUGCUGGUUUAAGUGCAUGGUUUUAGAUCCUUACAAUCAAACAGACCAUCCUGAGUGUAGGUCUCGGCCUGACAGCGGCCUUUCAGCUAUCACGGAGUUGGAUCCAGGUUAUAUAACAGGCCCUCUUUCUUCCGUCUGGAAAGAAUGGGUUAAGUGGUGCAUCGAGUUCGGCGUGGAGGCUAACGCAAUUGUUGCUGUUCCAUAUGAUUGGAGAUUGUCACCUUCAAAACUCGAAGAGCGAGACCUUUACUUUCACAAGCUCAAGAUGACCUUUGAAACUGCUCUGAAACUCCGUGGUGGCCCUUCCAUAGUUUUUGCCCAUUCUAUGGGGAAUAAUGUGUUCCGAUACUUUCUGGAGUGGUUGAGGCUAGAAAUUGCACCAAAACACUACAUGGAGUGGCUAGAUCAGCAUAUCCAUGCUUAUUUCGCUGUUGGAGCUCCUCUUCUGGGUUCAGUUGAGGCAGUCAAAGCUACUCUUUCUGGAGUAACUUUCGGCCUUCCUGUAUCUGAGCUGCUUUGUCUUAGUCAACAUAAUUGCAUCACAUAUGCAGAUAGUCUUUUCCGUUUACUGAGGCUUCAGGGGACAGCUAGGUUGUUAUUCAAUUCAUUUGCUUCUUCACUAUGGCUUAUGCCAUUUUCAAAAAACUGUGAGGCUGAAAACACGUUCUGGAAGCAUAUCUCUGGUGGUAUACAGAAAGAUAAGCAUAUGUACCACUGUGAUGAAGAGGAAUAUCAAUCAAACUAUUCUGGAUGGCCCACAAACAUAAUCAACAUCGAAGUUCCUUCUACCAAUGGUUUCGAUGCAUAUCCGUCAGUUACAGAAACAGCUGAAACUAACUUGACCAGCUUGGAAUGUGCUCUUCCUACUCAAUUGUCUUUCACUGCUCGUGAAAUAGCAGAUGGGACUCUUUUCAAAGCAAUCGAAGACUAUGAUCCAGAUAGCAAGAGGAUCUUAUAUCAGUUAAAGAAGUUAUAUCAUGAUGAUCCUGUUAUGAAUCCUCUGACUCCGUGGGAAAGACCUCCUAUCAAAAAUGUAUUUUGCAUUUAUGGAGUUGAUUCAAAGACAGAGGUUGGAUAUUACUUUGCUCCAAGUGGCAAGCCGUAUCCUGAUAAUUGGAUCAUCACGGAUAUCAUUUAUGAAACUGAAGGUUCUCUGGUGUCAAGGUCCGGAAUUGUGGUUGAUGGAAAAGCAGGACCUAUAAGUGGGGAUGAAACGGUACCCUAUCACUCACUCUCUUGGUGCAAGAAUUGGCUUGGACCUAAAGUAAAUAUUACGAGGGCACCCCAGGCAGAACAUGAUGGAAACGAUGUACAGGUGGAGCUGAAUGUUGAACAUCAACGUGGAGAAGACAUUGUUCCUAACAUGACAAGAGCACCAAGGGUCAAGUACAUAACAUUCUACGAAGACUCUGAAAGCACUCAAGGAAAGAGGACUGCAGUUUGGGAACUCGAUAAAGCAAACCACAGGAAUAUUGUUAGGUCACCAGUUCUGAUGCGAGAGUUAUGGCUCCAGAUGUGGCAUGACAUUCAACCUGGUGCUAAGACAAAAUUUGUCACCAAAGCCAAGCGUGGACCUCUAAGAGAUGCAGACUGCUACUGGGAUUACGGAAAAGCCCGGUGUGCUUGGCAAGAGUACUGUGAAUACAGAUAUAGUUUCGGCGAUGUUCACUUGGGACAAAGUUGUAGAUUGAGGAACACAUCUGCUGAUGCCCUGCUGCAGUACGCGUAGGUUGAAAUGACGGUAGUCAUUCGGGACCCAUACACCUCAUCGUUGUCUCUCCCCGGAGUAGAGGGUCUUAUUGACAUGGAAUUCUUUUGGCUUCGCCACAGAUUUUUUUUUUUUUGUGGUUUACCUCUAUAACUCAAUGAACUCAUGCAGAUUUCGGCGGGAACUGUACAUAGACAAUCUAAGCUUCACGCUCUAGAAAAAGGUAAACAUUCUAUGUCCUUUGUUUCCUCUUUCAAAGCACAGUAUGUGGCUUAUAACUAGGUGAAGCAUCAUGACUGUACACUAACGGUUGAUGCCCACUGUAAUAAUCUUUGAGGAUCUGAAGUUUUUUUUUUUUGAAACCUAGACUUCUUAA